AUGUCCCUUCAAGAAGAGGGAAUGCAGGAAAAGAGCACCGAUGAGGAGAUAACCAGAGCUGAUGAUACAUAUACAGCUACAUCUCCUGUUCCGCUGAAUAGAGAAGAAGAAUUGGCCGAAUUGGCUCACCUCCGACAAGCACAACCAAAUAUCGAUGAGAAGUUAGUAAAGAGUUUAAUUAGCGUACAACAGAAUAGUAUGUUAGCAUUAAAUACCUUGUUGUUCUCAACUUUGAGCUCAAUUAAACCGAUUAUCAGCUCAGAUUGGAAGCACGUUAGCGAGAAGUAUAAUCCUACUAAGAAUAUAGAGCAUUUAAACGCAAAUGUGAAUUACGCUUUACAGACGCAUCUCCAUAGCGCAACUUCUGGUGAACUCAAUGAGAGAAUAGAAAGAAUGUCCUAUCUUUUCUCACCAAUUGAUGCCAAAUUAAUAAUUACACUCAAUCAAUUUGCAGAAGCUUUAAGUUUAUUGACGAUUGGAGAUGGAAAUACUCAACAAACCAAAGAACGACUAUCUUCACCGCCUCUGUCACCUACAAGUAGUUCAGAUGUGUAUGACUCCUUACAAUCUCGAAUGUCAAAGUUGCAAGUUGAAUUAAACACACAAGAUGAAAAAAGCGGUGAGAUUUGGCUCAAAAUUGAAACCUUUAUCAAUCUUAUCAACAUCCUUUGCAAUGAGAGAGACAAUGUUAGUGAGAGACCGCCAAGUUACUCCGACCUUUCGCCUUCGCAAUCAAUGCACCGCCAAUUAUCACAAAAAUCGGCCUCUUCCACUACAGCUAGUAUAGUAUCGAGUGUUCAAGAUGAGAAAAUGAAGAGAGAUUUAGAAAGAGUAACCGAUUCUAUCGACAGGUUGAUGAGAAUUACUCCUCAAUUGGCUAGUCAAAGGGUCGAACUAUCACAAAAACAAGUCAUUGAAAUGGACUUAGCUAAACUAGCCGGUGAGGUUGAGUCUUCCGUUAAGAGUUCCAAAGCCAGUACCUCUCAUAAAGCCAGUAAUGGCGUUGGGAAGUUCUUCCCAAAGAGCAUUAAUACUCGUCGUAGCGACAAUCAAGUUAUAAGUAGUAUUGAGAAGGGUAACAGAAGAAGGCUAGAUAGUCAGCGCGUGGAUAUGGGCAACAGAUUGGAAGAUGCUCGUACCAAAAUGCGUGUUGCUGAUCUCGUCGAUAUCAUUCAAAGGAACAGGGUGGGAAGGCUCACUGAACAAGAAAGUGACUUCACUGAGACCAAUCCACGUCCAUCCAGUUCCACUAAAAGUGUACAGAAGUCACCUUCAAAAGAUUCAGUUGAUUCUCAAACCCAAAAUAUGGUUUCCCAACAGGCUUAUAUCGCAGAACACAAUGUUAACGUUGGAAACGUUCUUGUGCAAUUUAAAACACAACUGCAUGGCUAUUCAAAAGAGCUCGAUAUCGAAGUCGAUCAGCAAGCAAGGGAUAGCGUUAUCUUGAAAAACCUCUCUAAUUUUAAUGUUAGAUUAAAGCUUCCCACAAAAGUCGUUUAUCCUCAACGUAAAAGAGUCAAAUUGGUUGAGAGGGACCUCUUUGAAUUCAAUUUACAAGUAUCUCAUCAAUCGAGGAAGUCGCUCACUACACCGGUCGUUGAACCUCCAUCAUAUCCUUUCAGUUCUAUGGAAUUCAGCUCAUCAAAACCAUCUAGCUUUAGAUGUGCAAAGUGUAGCAGAGAUGUUGCGAGCGGCGAUCAUGUUGCUAGCUAUAGAGAUCUUCCUUCAGAAGGUUGGUCUGAACAUGUUGACAACUGGAUGUGUCACCCUACACAAGAACUGAACGCCGACUAUUAUCGUAAUUCAAUCAGCAGUUCUGCUAACCCAAAUGAGGUACUCAUUGGUAGUAAUUACUGGGUCUUCAACAAGAAGAAUAUCGUUGAGAAGAAUGUCAGAGUGGAGUAUAAUGAUGAGCAAAUUCAACACACUCUGAAAUGUAUCUGUGGUAGUGCCAUCGGCGGCGCCCAAAGUGAGGGUCUCUUCCGCUUCAAUAAGGUGUCGGUGUGCCCUGUCUCAGCGCAUAAAUCACAACCGUACUACAGCUACAACAUUGGUCACCACAUCUCUGCUGAACUUAUCGAGCAAUCGAGGAAUUAUGGUAGUUACAGAUACUUUCUUCAAGAUGAGCAAACUGGUGAACUGAGACUACUAGUGUGGCUAUUCAAUCCAUUGGUGAAAGUUAGAACGUCACAAGUACGUCUAAAUUCAACUAUAGAGGCUUGUAAAGUAUUCUGGAAGACAAAUAGAGAAGAACCACUCCGUGACAGCAAGAUGAAUCAAAUAGGCAAGUUGAAAUACCCCGGGUGGAUACUUGAUGAAUUUGAAGAUUUGUUAUUAAACGGUAUUGGUUCUUUCCUUGGUGAUUCUCCAAAGCGUUUCUUCUCAGAUUGGCAUGUUGGAUACAUCGAACGUGUAUCCAAUUAACAACAUUAUUCAUUGGUUUCAACAUUAAUUUCUUUCCCCAACAUUUCUUAGAAUUACAAGGAAUGUCGAGUAGUAUUUACAUAAUUAUAUAGAACAACAAAGUAUCUUCUAUGCUUUUGUCAUUUGUAUGUUUAAUUUCCAUGGUUAUUGAAAUUUUUUUGUAGACUCAAAGAAUGUUUAAGGUCUUUAGGGUUUCAUAUAA